AUGUGUGGACCUCCGCUUCCAUCUAUUCCUGACCCAACCACCAUCAUCACUCUCCGUAAGCCUGAAUUAUCGUCUCCAACAGUUGAUGACAAUAUCUCGGGCAAACCCUCCACGAACCCCCUACCCCUUCCCGUCACAACCACUUCAGAGCAUUGGCUAUCAGAACGCACAAAGGUGUCCUCCAGCUCAUCACACGUGUUCAUCACAGCAGGUCCCCCGGUCUUGACAUUACCAGGUAACCGCGUCACUACUGCCCCCUCCUCCGGCGACGGUACUGGCCAUGUUACAACGAUUGCCAAUAGCCAGCUGACGACUAGCAAUUCGGAGAAGUCGUCUGAUGCCAGCCGUGAUAGCCCAGGUGGAGAUGCCACCAUACCAAACACGCACAUUGUCUCCGUUUCAUCCGAGCCCUCCCCUGCCACCACUUUACCUGGUGGCCUGGUGACUACCAAUCCUUUCACCAAUACUUUCUCGACAGGUACAGAUCUCUCCGAGACAACCCACAAGUCCAUCACUGACUCUCUUGGGGGUGAUGAUAGGAGUAUCACUACAACAGUGACCCGCAGUACUAACGACCCUGGUCCCGCGGCUUCGACUUCAGAUCUAACUCGGCCCGGAAAUGAAACUCCUACACCUAUCUUAGCUCCGACUGGCACUCUCUCCACAGCACUGACCAAAACAGUCACUCCCAGCACGGCACCUUUCGCAACCGGGACACUAGAUUCCGUUCUUUCGUCUCAAGGUGUAACUGAUAGUGAGGAUCAAAGCCAAGACCCCAGUUCCAUUACAUCCGUUCCACCAACAUUGAUCGACCCCGUCCCAGACACUCAGCAGUCGAGUCAUGCAGAGGCCACCAAGUCAAAUGAUCCCCUCCCUACUUCUCCCAUCACUAAGGACCGACUUACUACAGUCCCUGAGUCAACCGCCGAUCCCAUAACCACAUUACCCAAUGGUCAGGUUACGACUCUACCCAGGCAUAGUAACAGUGAUGUCACGCAAGCUCCAGAGUCCACUGAGACGGCUGGAGCCGUUCCGGUUAUUAUCCCAAUCACAACACCAGUACCCGAUCCAGAGAGAAGCGAUAAUGGUAUCAAGAUUCCCUGCGACAUGUGGUUCUUUGAUCUAUGCCUCGCUCCCAUUAGGGGAUGGAGCUUCGUGCUUCCUCCUGGCACUCAUCCACCUGGCCCCCCUCCUAUUAUCAAGAUCAACCCCACCGCACCUAUCAAGGUAGAUAUCACGGGCUCUAUCCCUUGGCCUGGAUUCACUAUUGACCCCGCCGGCAACCCAACAUUUUCCAGCAAGCCGGAUGACUGCAAGACUGAGUCAGCUGAGAUGUGCAUCACCACUACUUCUUACGGGGUUUCUGUUGAUGGAACUAUUACAUCCACGACAGAAAAGAGUGCUAUUUCCACUUGCGGCACCAUUUACGGUUGUGACGUAGAAGGGGAGGAUUUCUCAAGAACUAUCUCUAAAACAACUACAGUUAGCAUCGAGACCCCUACUAUAACAGCCAUCAGGCUCAAGUGGGAGGAAUGGAACAUCGAUGAGUAUACAGAGGCACAGCUCAACGACAUAGUGGAUGCAGCACAAGCUCGGCUGGAUAAAAAGUUCGGCAGAUUCACGUCUCCUACAUCCCAAGUCACAACGACCGAAGCUACUACGGAGGCUUUCCCCACACUCACCCGAGCUCCUUCUAUUGGUGUUCCGACAUCGUCUGGCCUCUCUUGUGCUUCGACCGCCACUUACACAGGAUGUGUGGGCUCUGGUAACCGAGAAGCAUGUGUCGAGCAACCCAGUUGUGCAUCUUGGGUCAACACAGCAGCUGUUACAAUGACGACCCCGGAGAUAACACCAUUCUGCGAUGCAGGCUACGAAACAUACUCAGCGACUGCUCAUGCAGCAAUACCAACUCAAGGCAGCCACCUGAAGUUCUUUAUCCCUAUAUCGGAUGACAAAGGAUCAGACUGGGACUUUGUGAUUGACGAUGAUAAUGUUAAAGAGGCCGUCAAGGGUUGGAAGGUUGGGAACGACGAUGACGAUAGUAUUGAGAGUGGAGAUGGCGGAAAGGGUCUUGAGAUCAAGUGGAAAGUUCCCGAUGAUUCUAGUGGAACUUAUGUUGAGCUUCUAUUCGGAGCCUCAGAUGUUGAUGAGAAAAGGUUCACCUUUACCGCAAAGGGCGGUAUUGUUGCUUGUAUGCCCAAAUGCAAAGACGAUGCAACGACAACAACAGAUGCCGACGGUAUGGUGUGCACCUACUAUCCCUGCCACUCUCCCAACUGUGAGCAAGGGCCCGCUCCUGAACCCCAAGCUGCCUGUGAGUUAGUUGAGGACGGACUUGCCAUUCCCCUCUUCUACACAGUCACCAUUGUGGCAAACGGCUACAGCUGGAUAGAUGACGAUGGGAAGAAACUGAAGAGUGAAGAAAAGGGCUGUGGAGCGAUGACAGACUGGCAUUCUAGUGUGAUUGAAGUUGAGACAGGGGAUGGCUGGACUGCGCCGUAUAGGUUUACUUUUACCUUGCCGAUAACCAUCAAAGCGGGCUGUGUAGAGAGGGCAAUUGCAAGUGCCGGAGGGCCCUCGGGUAUUCAGUGUGACAACAAGGAGGGUAACUUAUGGUGA